AUGAACACGAUACGCGAUAGCAACAACUUGGCAGCGUUAGGAACACGAUAUUCGAUCUUGGCGUUCAGACGUUCCAUUUUACGUUCAUCGCCGAUCGCUGCAUAACAAUAUGGCGAUUUCUUCGGAACUUCUGAUAGAACAUGUGAAAAAGCACGAAGUAAUGUUCAACACGACGCAUCCAGAUUACAAGAAUUUACGUUUGAAGAAUAAGUUAUGGGAAAAAAUCGCGAAAGAAAUGGAUAUGGAGGGCAAAGGCGGAGAAGAAUUGAAAAAACGUUGGAAAAGCUUAAGAGACUGCUACACAAAGUACCUUCGUGCACACAAUUUGUCAGGAUUCACUGCCAAAGGGUCCAGAGGAUACAAAACUUGGCCAUGGGCAAAGGAAAUGGAAUGGUUCCAACCCUUCAUGGUAUGUGCCUCAGAGCCAAACACAAAUUCGGAGGAAACUAAAACACCUGAAGAUGUUAACAGAGAAGAACAAUCACUCAACGGAGAGUUAAAUGAAGAUAUAAACAUGGAAUUCGUGAAGAGCGAAUUCAGGAACGAUGAUAGGAACGAAACGUAUACAAGAAAAAGAAGAAAAGUAGUGACAUCGCCUUCUACUUCAAUGGACCAAAUUGUAACCUCUCCAACACAACAAUACGAUACCGCACAGACAUAUAAUGAUAUAGAUUUGAUAUUUCAAGGUUACGCAGCUAGUGUUAAGAAGCUGCCACCUAAAAGCCAAACAAUGGUGAAAUUUAAAGUUGCUGAAAUUAUAAUGAAAGCAGAAUUGUCCGAAUACGAAGAUGCUUGACAAGUUUGUAAUAGAAGCCUGUUGUACAUAGUUAUCAGAAUUGUUGUUAAUUUUAGUUUUAGUUUUUCAAUAAUAAAUCUUUGAAUUGAAGUU